UCCUUCCUCUCACCUACCUUCUUCCAAUUUGCUUCUUCUUCUUCUUCUCCUUCUUCUCUCUCCCAUUUCUUAUAUAUAAAAAAGAGAAAGGAGGAAGAGAAAGAGAAAAAGUCCAUUUCGGUUUGUCAGAUUUGAAAGUCGGCUGCUUUAACACCUCUAACCAAAAAAGGAAAAAAAAAAAAAAAAAAAAAAAGCUUUCAACCACACAAAAUAAUGGCUUCCCUCAACAUGUCCUCUCCUUCCACCGCUUCUCUUUCUCGCCCUCAGACAUGCAAAAGCUUUAAAUUGUUCAGUGGGUUGUAUGGUUCAAAUACUUAUUUGGCAAAUGGGUACCCAUCUGAUUCAGCCUUGGUCCGGCUGGCUGGUAAAUUGGCUGUCAGUAAUAAGGGUGUUGGCAGAACUCGAGCUACCUUGGUAUCUGGAGAAGGUGACCUUUUGUCUUAUACUAACGGCAGUAACGGACUGGCAAAGGAUACCCUAUUUAGUGAUGAAUCAGUUGGCAUCGAGAUGCAACCUGAUGCAGUUGCAUUUGGAGCACUUUCGGCAGAUACUGCCCCAACAACUAUUGGUAUUCCUCAUGAUAAUGAUGAAUUUGAUCUUGAUCGCCCAACGGAAGGAUUUGCUUCCAUUGCUGAGGCCAUCGAAGACAUUCGCCAAGGAAAGUAUGUUGUGGUUGUAGAUGAUGAGGAUAGAGAAAAUGAAGGAGAUCUGAUUAUGGCAGCACAAUUAGCAACGCCUGAGGCUAUGGCUUUUAUUGUCAAGCAUGGAACUGGUAUAGUCUGUGUAAGCAUGAAAGGGGAAGAUCUAGAGAGGUUGCAACUUCCUUUGAUGGUAAACCAAAAGGAAAAUGAUGAAAAACUCCGCACUGCAUUCACUGUGACUGUGGAUGCAAAAAAUGGUACAACCACAGGUGUGUCGGCUCAUGAUAGGGCAACAACAGUGUUGUCUCUUGCUUCCAGAGAUUCAAAACCUGAAGAUUUUAAUCGUCCUGGGCAUAUCUUUCCACUAAAGUACAGGGAGGGCGGUGUUCUGAAAAGAGCUGGACAUACAGAAGCUUCUGUUGAUCUUGCCGUGCUAGCUGGUUUAGAUCCUGUUGCAGUUCUAUGUGAGGUUGUGGAUGAUGAUGGUUCCAUGGCUAGAUUACCUAAGCUUCGCGAAUUUGCUCAGCGGGAGAACUUAAAAAUUAUUUCUAUUGCUGAUUUAAUAAGGUAUAGGAGGAAGAGAGAUAAACUAGUAGAUCAUUCUGCUGCUGCACGGAUACCUACAAUGUGGGGACCAUUCACUGCCUACUGCUAUAGAUCUAUCUUAGAUGGGAUUGAGCAUAUUGCAAUGGUUAAGGGUGAUAUUGGGGAUGGACAAGAUAUUCUUGUGAGGGUACACUCAGAAUGCCUUACAGGAGAUAUAUUUGGAUCAGCCAGAUGUGAUUGUGGAAGCCAGCUGGCACUUGCAAUGCAGCAAAUCGAGGCUGCUGGGAGGGGCGUUUUAGUUUACCUCCGUGGUCAUGAAGGAAGGGGAAUUGGCUUAGGCCACAAACUUCGUGCUUAUAACCUACAAGAUGAUGGACGUGAUACAGUGGAAGCCAAUGAGGAGCUUGGAUUGCCUGUAGAUUCACGAGAAUAUGGCAUUGGUGCACAGAUACUAAGAGACCUGGGUGUUAGAACCAUGAAACUGAUGACGAACAACCCUGCAAAGUAUGUAGGGCUCAAGGGUUAUGGCUUGGAAGUUGUUGGUAGGGUCCCUUUAUUAACUCCCAUUACAAAGGAAAAUAAGAGAUACUUGGAGACUAAACGAGCCAAAAUGGGCCAUGUUUAUGGAUCAGAAUUCAAUGGCAGAUUGUUCAAUCUUAUAAGCCACAGCGGUAAUGGCAGCAUCGGCAAUCCAUCUGAUGCUGUAUCAAACUCGUAAGCCUAUCUUUGAAGUCAAUUGCCACUGCAGCAAACAAUAACAUGAAGGAGAGAUGAUUUUAUGUUAUUUACAUGAGUUGUUAGGUAAUUUAGAAUUUUACAUAUAGCUUGAAUACAUGCGCAGGCGAAAAUUAUGAUUAAAAUUUUUGCAGUGUACUUCAGUGCUAUAUAUCAUUCUUUCUAUUUGAGCAGUGUACUUCAAUGCUAGAUAUCAUUCUUUUGUAACAUAUAAUCUAGAGAAAGUUUCGUCUGGCAAAUCUACAUUUGUCUUUUGAUGUUC